AAACUCCGGGUUACUUUUUGUUCGGCCCUCGUCGUCCAGCUGUUUUAUAACAGAGCCGCUGACCGACGGCUUCGACCCGGAAUUCAACCCGCUUUACCUCCGCAGUUAGCCGGGCCCAUCCGUGCUAAAGAUGUCCCGGGUCCUGAUAGUCGGAGCGGGUCUAACGGGCAGCCUUUGCGCAUGUCUGUUGAGGAGGGAGCUGCAGAAUAAAGUUCACAUCGAGGUUUGGGACAAAGCGCGAGGCUCAGGAGGUCGCAUGUCCACCAGUCGUCCUCCUGACGCCUCGUCCCACCCGGCGGAUCUGGGCGCUCAGUACAUCACCGCCACGCCCUUCUACGCCCAGUCACACAGAAGUUUUUACACAGAGCUGCUGAACGCCGGCAUCCUGAAGCCUCUGGACUGUCUAAUCGAAGGUCUACAACACAAAGCCGACAACAGGAACUACAUAACGCCACUGGGCAUGAGCAGUGUGGUCAAACACUUCCUGUCUCAGUCAGGAGCCAAUCUGUGUUUUGAUUGUCAUGUGACCGGCCUUUACCGCCGUGGUGCUUCAUGGGAGGUACAGAGGAAGCAGGGAGACAGCAAGACGUUUGAUGCCGUUGUCCUGACGAUGCCUGUCCCUCAGAUACUGCAGCUGCAAGGAGACCUGGGAAACGUUCUGUCCGUCCAGCAGAGGUCACACCUGGACACCGUCGUCUACUCAUCUCGAUUCGCCGUCGCUCUCUUCUUCUCUCCAGACGUGGUGUUGAACUUCCCAUGGGCGGCGCGGUACGUGUCCGAUAACCAAUGCAUCCGCUACAUCGCUGUGGAGCCUCGCAAAAGCAACACAGAUGCUCCGGGCGUCGGUCCGUCCCUCGUCGUCCACACCAGCGUCCCCUUCGGUGUUGAACAUCUGGAACAGGAGAAGGAUGCCAUCCAGCCAAUCAUCUUACAGGAGCUCCACAAGCUCCUCCCCGGUCUACCUCAGCCAAUCAGCAUCAAGUGUCAGAAGUGGCGGUACUCUCAGGUGCAGACCUCAGUGCCGGACUGUCCGGGUCACAUGACCGUCCUGGAGCGGCCGCUGCUCGUCUGUGGCGGCGACGCCUUCAGUCACUCCAACUUUGAUGGCUGUGUGGAGUCUGCACUGAGCGUGCUCAGAGUGCUGACGGCGUCGCUGUGACAUUAGCGAACUCAUUUGUGGACGCUCUUCUAUGUGAUGUUUGAAUCUGUAGCUGAGGCUUCAUUAAACCACAUCCUCACCUGA